GCAGGAGUCUAUGUUGUCAUGGAGUUUCUUAGUUAUAUUUUUCGUCUCCUCAGUUAUUGGACUUAAAAAUCAAAUCUUGAAUGACCAGAAUUAGGAACCUGGAUUUGAUUAUUGAAAAUGACUGAGGCACAAGAAACAGUUACACGAAUGGAAGAUCUGUUAAAUAGCAAGUCAUUAGUGGAAGGUAAAGAACCAAUAGUAGAUACUGGGCAUCAAAAAUCCAAGAAAGCUGAGAAAAAGAAGCCAGCUAUAAUAACUGUUAUAAAAGGAAAACCGAAAUCUGGUAGAAUUUGGAAAGAACAGAAAACAAGAUUUUCAUCUAUUAUUAAAACUCGAGGAAUCCGGCAAUCUUUUGAGAAGAAACAAAAGUUACGAGAAGACCUGAAGAGAGUGAAAGAUAUGUCGAGAGCAAUAAUAGAACAAAAAAAAGCAGAAAAGGAAGCCAAAAAGCAACGCAGGAUAGAAAAUUUAAAACGUGCAGAAGAAAAUCGUAAAAAGAGUGAAGUUGUUCAAGUUAUAAGAAAUACUGCUAAGAUAAAAAGAAUGAAAAAGAAACAGUUGCGAAUGAUUGAAAAGCGAGAUACCAAUAAUAUGUAACAAAGUCCUGUAUUAUUGUAAAGGCAUAUGUAAAUUUUUUUUAAAUAAAAAAAUACUUGUAUGAUCAUAA